AGAUGAAAGAAACUCAUGCGGGUUUGGAACAACUCGCAUAAAAAUCAGUUCAUUUCGACGAAUGUCUUCAAUCAUUCAUCUCCGAGAAAGAACGAUGUAAUUAUUGCAUUGUUGAGGUUGAGAUCACUUACUUAACCUACACGUUUCCUCCAGACUUUGAUAUCUGAAGAUUUCAAACAUCUCAAAGGUUCUGAAUGCCAACGUUUGAGAAUGUUCUUAAAAGAUGAGCUUCAGUAGAACAAUGUUUGAUUCUAACUUUGAGAUGGCCUCGCCAGAAUAUUCAAAAGACAUUUCCUGUUAGCUGCUGGUGACUCAUUUAUUGCUCCCGAUGAACUGUGGGAGAAACGUUCGAUGCUUCGAAACGCGAUUCACAUACAUCUUGAGAAUUCGAGAGAUUUAUUUAUGCGCUUUGGACUGAAAGUGGCGCCGGUUGGCACACGGACGGCGGUGAUGCCCGAAGGAGCAGAUUUACCAGCCGUCCUGAUUCGAGUCUGGUGAGGACACAUCAGAAAACUCUCGAACUUCCUGUAGCAGCUUUAGAACUGGAUCGCAACUCUCACAACCAGACGCAUCUGCAUCGCCCGCCGCCGGACCUCCGAGGAUCGUAACCCGACCUCGUCUGUCGUGGCUUCAGUCCUCCGCUUCUGAAAUGCCACGAUCUUUUCUAGUGAAAAGCAAGAGGGCGGGGCAUCACUCCACACGCUCCGCCCACUCUCAGCACGGACGUCAUGACGGACGGGCGUCCAGCUGUCACUCCACGGCUCUGGAGCUGCUGCCCGGCUCAUCCACCGACAGCAGUCGAGCCCAGAACAGCCCCGAGGGAGCCGGAGGUGAACCUCGACCCUGGCCCUCAUCCACUGCAGGCGAGCAGUCUGGAGGUUGUCCGUUUUCUACCCUGUCCUGCUCUGCUGCGGUGGAGAGACAGAGCGAGCUGGAGCGACUGAUUCAGGCUUUACUCAGCCACCAUCAGCUGAGCAACGUCCAGACGCCGCUGUGUGGAUGUCCACUCUGUGAGAAGCUCCUGUCCUCUGCUGUGGGUUUGACAUCGCACUUGUGCAAGUCACAUGUCAACAGGGCUGCUCUCCCAUUGGCCGGAUCCUCGGGCCACGCCCAACAGCCUUAUGGGUACAAAAAUACAGGAGUACUCAGGGAGCGGAGCUUUGUCUGUAAGGUUUGUGGGAAGGUGUUUAAGAGGUCGUCGACUCUCUCCACACACCUGCUCAUUCACUCGGACACGCGGCCGUUCCCGUGUCCCUACUGCGGAAAGAGAUUCCACCAGAAGUCUGAUAUGAAGAAACAUACGUUCAUACACACAGGUGAGAAGCCUCAUGUGUGCGUGGUGUGUGGUAAAGCGUUCAGUCAGAGCUCCAAUCUGAUCACUCACAGCAGAAAGCACAGCAGCUACCAGCCGUUCAGCUGCUCGCACUGUCCCCUCAGCUUCCAGAGGAGACUGGACCUGCAGCGCCACCUACAGAGCCACAGCGGACUCUACCACGGGACCUGA